AUGGGCGCGAAGAAGUCGGAGUGGUGGGCGGUGGACGGCGAGCUGCACGAGAUCGGGGAGGGCGUGCCACACCGCGAGCGCUUCGCCAUUCCGCGCGACAACCUCCCGAACCGCCGACGCAAGCAGAUGCGCGAGCAGUUCAUGCGCCGCACGCGUCUCGUCCUCAAGGACUCGGAACAUGAAACCUGGUGCAAAAAAUAUAUGGAACUGUACCAAGAACUUAGAGAGAACUGGGAACGGUUGUACUGGGAUGAAGGUUAUUCAAAAAAGAUUGCCGAAGAUCGUGCUAAUUAUGACUCUGCUGAAGAAGAUGAUCUAGACUUCUCACCAUACAGGCUUGCACCGAAAGCCCUUAAAGCUGGCAGUGGGAAAGCCACCUCGUUUUGCUGGGAAUGUGUGGGAAAGCCAACUAGAUUUUGUACUUGUCCGGGCAUCUUAAUUUGGCAUACAUCAGGUGCCAGUGUGGGUGCUUCAGUUGGACCAUACAACUUCCUGAUUGUGAUGAGAGUUAUUGGGAAAUCUGAUGUUGAAUUAGUACACAACAAGCUAGACCUUGGUUUUGGGGAAAGCAAACAGGGUGAAACAUGGGAAAGGGUUACUCAAAUUCGUGACAAGUUUGAGUAUGACAGAGAAAGGAGAAUGAGAGAGCGAGCGUUUGCUCCCAUGAAUAUGGAGAACAAUUUUGGCCAGCAGAACUGGAAAAGGCCAGAAGCCAGAACGAGUCAGGGUUUUCCUCGGCAAACAUAG